AUUUCCAAUUGCAGCCUUUUCAGUUUCUCACACUGACACAAACCAACCUCACUCUCUUCUUCUCUUCUUCUUCCAAGGCUCUGAAUUCCGCAUCGCGAAACCCUAGGCGCAAAUGCACCGCCGCAACCACCACCACCACCACCACGCGCUUUGAUGAGUGAAGUAGUUAGCUACUUGCAGUUCAUGGCUUGGGAUCUCUGGAGUUCCUCAUUUGAUCAAGAUGCUAGUGAUGGUGAUUGCUUCGAGUUCGAGCCUUCGGAGUGGAAAUGUGAUAACUACUUUGGCUAUGGCAGAGAUGAGAUUGAGGAAGAUGCUUUGAAUGCAGCAUCGUGCGUUCAGGUUCUGAGGAUUUUGAUCACGAAGGCGGAUACUGAAAUUGAGGAGCUUGAGAAGGAUCUAUUGUCUCUCCAGGAUGAGUUGGCCUUGGCUGAGCUUGAAAAUUGGCCUGAAGUUUGCUGUACUGCUUUGACUGAAAGAAUUAAGUGGCUGGAUCUUGCGGUCAGCAAGUUGAAGGAUGAUAAUGCUGAUGGUACUGAGAUGCAGCUACUGUUGAGUAAUAAGGCUGCAGAGACACUUAAUGAAAUACUGAAGGCUUUACAUCGAGAUCGCUGUUGUCAAGAGGUGCCUCGCGGCCAGGUUUGGCAUUUGAAAUCCCUUCCACUAAAUCAUCUAGAUAUGAUCGUCCCGACUCCAAUUGUGAAUGUUUCUGAAGAUGUACCGGAGGAAGAUCCUAGCAAUAUUGAAUCAAAUAUCAUUAUGGAGGAAGGGAAGGAGCUCUGUGGAACUUCAGAAAACUCUAGAAGCUCAGAACUUCUUUCAGAGCUUCAUGAAAAGGGAUCAGAUGAUUCUGAAAAGAUCAAGGAAUUGCUUGCGGAAUCUCUUGUGAGAAGCCCUGAUUUGGGGGCUAAUAUCUGUGUGCCUGUUCAUUCUGAUGACAUGAAAUUAUCUGAAGCAUUAGAUGAUAUUACAGAAAAUGAGGAUCUCGGAAGAAGUCAACUCAUUACCACAGAUAUAUUUCAAAUCUUGGAUUCGUUUUCCUCCAAGGAAAAUGGAAAUAUUUCAAGUGAAGCCAAGGAAGAAAAAUCAAUUGUUGAAGUAAAGGAUGUUUGCUCAGAUGGUUUUAAAGCAACUGGCAUUAAAAGUAGGAAAAAGCAUAUCCAUUCGAGAUUAUGUGCUGCACAACAACGAAGAAUUGAAGAUUCUGAUCUAGACAAAAGGAUAUGUGAACUUACUCCAAAAACUGGUCGAAGAGCCUCGAAGAAAGAACCCAAGAUUGCUCCAGAUGAAGAUUUUGAAUCUAAUCUUCCUCUUCAAGUUGUUUAUCCCCCAAAUUUGCAUUAUGCUGAUACCAAAUUCUGCUCCUUUAAAAGAAGUGAUGGUAAUGAUUCCCCGCAAGGGAUGAACAAUGAAAACGCCACCCUUACAGAUGCUGAAAAUUCUGAAUUGUUUUCCCUGAUAGGGAUGCAAACUGAGGGUGCUCUGUACACAGGGUUAGAGCUUACAGAUGAAGAGAAACCGCAAGACCCAAAAUCUGAAAUUGCUGCUAACCUCCACAAGUCCAAUAUGAGUUCCCGCUCAAAGCUAAAAGCUCAGGGAAAGCAGAAGCCUCAAUUAAAGACGUGUGCUGCCAGAGAACCAUAUGUCAGUCCUUUAGAAGUUAUUUCAAGUACAUCCCUUGCAGUAUCAACGAAGAGGCAGCGGAAAUCUAAAACAUGUACUGACAGUGCCAUUAUGAAUGAGUCCAAGAGCGCGAAAACUAUGAAAAGAGCUCUGCAGCCUGGCCAGAAGGAAAAUGAAGGUCGCGCUAUUGUUCUUUAUGACAGCAAAUUUUCUGAGUUACAAAAGAAGAGAAAGUUGCAUGUUGCCUUGGACAUGCCAAAUUCUGAUGGCGUUUCAAUUGACAAUGGAAACCAGUUAGAUCUUCAUAUGGGCAAGUUGCAUUCCUUGGUGGAUUCCUUGACGAAAAUGAAUAUGCCCAGCUUGAGGCUCAUAGCAAAGGAGCACAAUGUAAAUAAGUACUAUAAGCUUCCAAAACUAGCUUUGGUUCACCAAUUAGCUGAGCGCCUAAGCAGCUGCUAAACUUACCAUGGGGCUUACAGGUUGUUACUGACUUUUGGCAUGCUUUUUUGGUUAUGUCUAGUGCUUCAAUGGAAUUUUUGGUAUAGGAUUGACGUAGUUCAUGGCUUAUGAGGAAUAUGUAGGCAAUCCAAAAUGCAUUUUGUGACACUGAUAUUGUACAGCCUAUAGAUAGAAUAGUUGGAGCAUUUUGUAAAUGAAAGGAAGCAUAGGUUUUCUUUCUUGCAGCUGUUUUGUCAUUGUGGCCACAUAGGAUACUUGAAAGUUCCCUUUUGUGUCACUUUAAUUUGCUGCUGAACUCCAUUAUGAAAAUAUAAUUUCUGAUAUGGGAAACAGCAAAGCAUUCCUCUUGCUGAAGAAGUUCUUGUUUA